AUGGGACACAUAGUUCUAGCGAUUUUCUUCUUCUCCUCAAUUGUUAAUUGGUUGGAAGGUUAUCAUUGGGAUUAUAUUCAUCGUUAUCAAUCACUCAAUGAUUUUUCGCCAUUUUGCAGUUCCAGACAGGUAAAUUAUUCAAAAAUGUAUUUUUAAAUUGAGAAAAAUUUCCAGUUUUCCCACGUCACCAUGCCAAAAACAUCGAUUUUAGUGGCGCAGGCUGAGAUUUUCGAGAAAUCCAUGGCAAAAUCGCCGCAACUCAUGGAAGGAAUUAAUUAUUAUCAUAAUUCGAAAGAUGAACUUGUUGAUGAAGACGAAAUUUGGCGGGAAAAUCGAAAAAUUCGGCAAAAUGCGUAUUAUGAUGAGAAAUUGAUUAGACAGCAAAAGUGAGUUUUUUAAAGGUGUGCUUUUUGAAGCCAAACAUUGCUCAUAUUAUAGAUGUUUUUUUUUAAAUUUAAGUUUGAUAGAAAAUUCAGAAUUGCUCAACCAGAAUUGAGCUACUGUAGAAAAUUUUAGGUUUGGAUUUCAUUGCCAAAAAACUCACACCUAAAAAGUAGGUGGAUUUAUGAAAUUUUCAUAGAAAUUGCAUAGAAUUUUCAUAAAUUUUGAUCGAAAAAUUGAUAAUUUCUGAAUUUUUAUCAAAAUUCAGAGCAUUUUCCAAUUGGUUUUGAUUUAUUUAUUAUUUAUUCGAAAGAAAUGUAGAAAAACUAUUGAUGAGAUAUUUGAAGAAAGCAUAUUGAUGCAAUAUUUGACAAUAAUUCAUAUCAAAAUUUUGAAACGUAUUUUUUUUGAUUUCGAAAAAAUAGAGAAAAUCGAGAUUUUUAGGUAAAAAAUCUCAAAAUUUUCGCAAUUCUUAAUCCACGUGGCAAGAACUCUAAUUUUCAAUCAAAAGCACCCAAAAAUAUACGUCGCAAGAAAUUUCUAUUUUCAAAAAUUCUCAAAUUUUCGCGCCCAAAUAACUACUCUCAAAACAGAUUUUUUAAAUUCUAUAACAUGAGCAAUGUUUGGCCUUUUUAUUCGGAUUUUCUAACAUCAAACAUUGCUCAUAUUAUAGAUCUGGUUUUGAGAAAAAUUCAUUAUUGCUCAGAUUAUCCUUUAAUAUGAGCAAUUCUGAAUUUUCUCAAUGUUUGGCGUCAAAAAUCAAUUUUAUCUGUAUUUUCUAACAUCAAACAUUGCUCAUAUUAUAGAUCGGGUUUUGAGAAAAUUGCGGAAUUGCUCAGAUUAAAUUCUUCUUAGAAUCGGCCUGAUUUUAUUUUGAUGAGGCUUAGGUCUGGAAAAAUAUAAUAUGAGCAAUUUUGAAUUUUCUCUCAAAGCAGAAUUUUUACAAUCGAUAAUAUGAGCAAUGUUUGGCGCUAAAAUCUAGCUUCAAAGUUUUUUUUUGCAGUUUCAAAGCUUGGGCUGGUGAUCGAACUGUGGAACGUGGCAAAGACAAAAAGAACAAAUCAACUUUCAAAUUGCGAAGAAGACGUUGA